AUGACCACUUUACUAUUAGUGUUCGUGUGUUUGCGAGUCGUCGCUGCAGCCGUCUCUGUGGAGCUCUCAGACAAUAGUGAUGGCCUGGAAGUGAAGAUACCUGAGCAGUCUCCCCUGCGUGUUGUCCUGGGAAGCUCCCUGAACAUCCCCUGUUACUUCAACAUCCCAGAGGAAGAUGACACCAGUGCUCUGCUGACCCCACGGAUCAAAUGGAGCAAACUCUCAAAUGGGACAGAAGUUGUCUUGCUAGUGGCUACCGGUGGGAAAGUCCGACUCAACACUGAGUACAGGGAGGUGAUCUCUUUGCCCAAUUACCCUGCCAUCCCCACAGAUGCCACCUUGGAAAUCAAGGCACUAAGAUCCAACCACACUGGGAUUUAUCGCUGUGAAGUGAUGUAUGGGAUUGAGGACAGACAAGACACAAUAGAGGUCCUAGUGAAAGGCAUCGUAUUCCACUACAGAGCAAUCUCCACAAGGUAUACCUUGAACUUCGAGAAGGCAAAGCAGGCCUGCAUCCAGAACAGUGCUGUCAUAGCUACUCCUGAACAGCUGCAAGCAGCCUAUGAAGAUGGGUAUGAGCAGUGUGAUGCCGGCUGGCUGGCUGAUCAGACUGUCAGGUACCCCAUCCACCGUCCCCGAGAGCGUUGCUAUGGUGACAAAGAUGAAUUUCCUGGAGUGAGGACCUAUGGUGUCCGGGAGACAGAUGAAACCUAUGAUGUUUACUGCUACGCAGAGCAAAUGCGAGGCAAAGUCUUCUAUGCCACCUCCCCGGAGAAAUUCACCUUCCAGGAAGCUUUUGACAAAUGCCGCAGUUUGGGAGCCCGUUUGGCCACCACAGGGGAGCUAUACUUGGCAUGGAAGGAUGGCAUGGACGUGUGCAGUGCAGGCUGGCUGGCAGAUCGCAGCGUCCGGUACCCCAUUUCAAAAGCACGGCCCAACUGUGGAGGAAACCUGGUGGGCGUGCGGACAGUGUACCUGUAUGUCAACCAAACAGGGUACCCUCACCCCCACUCUCGCUACGAUGCCAUCUGCUAUAGUGGUGAUGAUUUUGAAUCUCUAGUCCCAGUGCAAUUUACUGAUGAGAUAGGAAGCGAACUGGGCAGUGCAUUCACAGUCCAGACUGUCACCCAAACUGAAGUUGAGCUACCUCUGCCAAGCAAUGUCACAGAAGAGGAGGCUCGUGGCAGCAUUGCUACUCUGGAGCCCGUUGAGAUCACACCCACUGCCACUGAGCUGUAUGAAGGCUUCACAGUUGUGCCCGAUCUCUUCACCACCAGUGUCACAGUAGAGACAGCUUUCCCUGAAGAGGUAGAGAACGUGACCAGUGAAGAAGUCACAGAAGUGUGGGCUAUGCCUGAAGUUGUCACAACCUCAGUUUCAGGCACUGCCUUCCCCACUGGAACAGCAGAAGUGAGCUCAGUGGAAGAGACCUUGGGGGUGACUGCCACACCAGAACUAGAGUCUGCCUCGGUGUUCACAGUGGAAGAUCAGAUUGUACGAGUGACAGCUUCCCCUGAUGUCGCUCUCCUCCCUGAGAGGCCCACUUCUCCCACCGGUGUGGUGUUUCACUAUCGUGCUGCCACCAGCAGAUAUGCCCUCUCUUUCACCCAAGCCCAGCAGGCCUGCCUGGAUAACAACGCAGUUAUUGCCACCCCUGAACAGCUCCAGGCUGCCUACGAGGCUGGCCUUGAUCAAUGUGAUGCCGGCUGGCUGCGGGACCAGACAGUCAGGUAUCCCAUUGUGAAUCCGCGAAGUAACUGUGUAGGAGACGGAGAAAGCUCUCCAGGAGUGCGGUCAUAUGGCAUGCGUCCAGCCUCAGAGACCUAUGAUGUAUACUGUUACAUUGACGGAUUAAAGGGUGAGGUGUUCUUUGCAACCCAGCCAAAUCUAUUCACUUUCCAAGAAGCUCGGGAGUAUUGUGAGAACCAAAAUGCCACUUUGGCCUCUGUUGGGCAACUCCAUGCUGCCUGGAAGCAGGGUCUGGACAGAUGCUAUGCUGGCUGGUUAGCUGAUGGCAGCCUCCGAUACCCAAUUGUGACCCCGCGACCUGCCUGUGGGGGAAAUGAGCCUGGUGUGAGAACCAUCUACCUGCACGAUAACCAGACAGGCUUUCCUGACCCACUAUCACGGCAUCAUGCAUUCUGUUUCAGAGCUCUGCCAUCUGUGGAGGAGGAAGGGGUUACCUCGUUUUUUGAAGAAGAAAUGAUUGUAACCCAAGUGAUUCCUGGAGUAGAGGGAGUACCUUCUGGGGAAGAAACAACUGUGGAGAUGGAGUUUGCCACUGAACUCGAAAAUCGAACAGCCUGGGGAACAGAAGUCUUUCCAACUGACAUAUCGCUGCUCUCAGUGAGUCCAUCUGCAUUUCCUCCAGCUACUGUAAUACCAGAAGAAACAAGUACUGACACUUCCAUUGGUGUGUCAGGGGAGAUCACUGAAUCUGGAGAGCAUCAAGUCAGUGGUGAAUCUUCGGCAUCUGGGUGGGUAUCUGGAGUCCCAGAUAUAAGUGGAGAAUCGACUUCUGGAAUUUUUGAAAUUAGUGGAGAACACUCAGGGAUUGGAGAGAGUGGAUUACCAUCAGUAGACCUGCAUACCAGUGGCUUUCUAUCUGGAGAAAGUGGGCUAUCAUCAGGGGACCUAAGUGGGGUUCCUUCUGGCAUUGUUGAUAUUAGUGGCUUACCUUCUGGAGAGGAAGAGGUAUCAGUGUCUACUUCAAGGAUACCAGAAAUUAGUGGGAUGCCCUCUGGAGUGGAAAGUAGUGGGCUGAGUUCUGGAUUCAGUGGAGAAAUCUCUGGAACUGAGCUAAUUGGUGGCCUACCAUCAGGCGAAGAAACUGAACUGCCAUCUGGUUUUCCUACUGUGUCUCUUGUGGAUUCCACACUGGUAGAAGUUGUAACAGCAGCACUGGAAAGGCAAGAGGAAGGAAAAGGAUCGAUUGGAGUCAGUGGUGAAGGAGAUCUUUCAGGGCUUCCAUCUGCUGAGUGGGACAUAAGUGGGGAAGCCAGAGGGCUACCCUCAGGAGCUGAGCUCAGUGGAGAGCUGUCUGGAGUGCCUGAGCUCAGUGGAGAGCUGUCUGGAGUGCCUGAGCUUAGUGGGUUACCCUCAGGACUGGAUAUCAGUGGAGAAUCGUCUGGAAUACCUGAGAUCAGUGGUCUGGUGGAUAUAAGUGGCCUUAUUUCUGGUGUUGAUGAAAGUGGUGAGGCCUCAGGCAUUACCUUUAUGAACGCCAGUUUGGUGGAAGUGACAACCCCCUCAGUUACAGAAGUGGAAGCAAAGGAGAUCGUGGAGAUUAGUGGCUUACCUUCAGGAAGUGAAGACACAUCAGGCAUGGUAUCUGGCAGUUUAGACAUUAGUGGUUCUGGGCAUAUAGAUUUCAGUGGGAGCGUUUCUGGAGUGCUUGAGAUGAGUGGACUUCCGAGUGGAGUGAUUGACAGCAGUGGAGAAGUCUCUGGGGUGGAAGUCACGAGUGGCCUAACGUCUGGAGAGGAAAGUGGACUCACAUCUGGCUUUCCUACAAUCUCUCUUGUGGAUACCACAUUGGUUGAAGUUGUUACACCAGUGUCAGUUGCACAAGAGGUGGGAGAGGGGCCAUCUGGGAUGAUAGAAAUCAGUGGCUUUACCUCUGGAGACAGAGCAAUAUCUGGAGAAGGGCCUGGAGCUGUGGAGACUAGUGGGUUACCUUCAGGAACAGAAGACUUCAGUGGAGAGCCAUCCGGGAUCCCAUAUUUCAGUGGAGAAGUUUCUGGAGUCACAGACCUAAGUGGACAGUCUUCAGCAGUGACUGAUAUUAGUGGCGAGGUCUCAGGGUUUCCAGAAGUCACUUUAGUCACUUCUGAUUUAGUUGAAGUGGUGACAAAGCCAACAGUUUCACAGGAACUGGGUGGGGAAACAGCUGUCACAUUUCCCUAUAGUUUUGGGCCAAGUGGUGAGACCUCUGCAUCUGGUGAACUAAGUGGGGAAACAUCUGCAUUGCCAGAAACUGGCAUAGAAACAUCCACAGUUCAAGAAAUCAGUGGGGAAACCUCUGCAUUGCCAGAAACUGGCAUAGAAAUAUCCACAGUUCAAGAAAUCAGUGGGGAAACAUCUGCAUUUCCUGAAAUUGGCAUAGAAACAUCCACAGUUCAAGAAAUCAGUGGGGAAACAUCUGCAUUUCCUGAAAUUGGCAUAGAAACAUCCACAGUUCAAGAAAUCAGUGGGGAAACAUCUGCAUUUCCUGAAAUUGGCAUAGAAACAUCCACAGUUCAAGAAGCCAGAGGUGAAACUUCUGCCUAUCCUGAAAUUGGCAUAGAAACAUCCGCAGUUCAAGAAAUCAGUGGGGAAACAUCUGCAUUUCCUGAAAUUGGCAUAGAAACAUCCACAGUCCACAAAAUCAGUGGAGAAACUUCAGCUUUUCCUGAAAUUAGCAUAGAAACUUCGACGGUCCACGAAAUCAGUGGAGAAACUUCAGCUUUUCCUGAAAUUAGCAUAGAAACUUCGACGGUCCACGAAAUCAGUGGGGAAACUUCUGCAUUUCCUGAAAUCAGCAUAGAAACUUCAGUCCAUGAAAUCAGUGGGGAAACCUCUGCGUUUCCUGAAAUUAGCAUAGAAACUUCCACAACUCAAGAAGCUAGGGGUGAAACCUCUGCAUUUCCUGAAAUUAGCAUAGAAACUUCAGUCCAUGAAACCAGUGGGGAAGCUUCUGCAUUUCCUGAAAUUAGCAUAGAAACUUCGACGGUCCACGAAACCAGUGGGGAAACCUCUGCAUUUCCUGAAAUUAGCAUAGAAACUUCCACAACUCAAGAAGCUAGGGGUGAAGUAUCUGCAUUUCCUGAAAUUAGCAUAGAAACUUCAGUCCAUGAAACCAGUGGGGAAGCUUCUGCAUUUCCUGAAAUUAGCAUAGAAACUUCCACAGUCCAUGAAACCAGUGGGGAAACAUCUGCGUUUCCUGAAAUUAGCAUAGAAACUUCAACAGUCCAUGAAACCAGUGGGGAAACAUCUGCGUUUCCUGAAAUUAGCAUAGAAACAUCCAUAACUCAAGAAGCCAGGGGUGAAACAUCUGCAUUCCCUGAAAUUAAUAUAGAAACAUCCACAGUUCAGGAAGUAAGUGGAGACGUUUCUGUGUACCCUGGAAUUAGCACAGAAACUUCAACAAUGCAUGAACUCAGUGGUGAUACAUCUGCAUUUCCUGCAAUUAAAACUGAAACAUCUACAAGUCAAGAAGUCAGGGGUGAAAUAUCUGCAUUUCCUGAAAUCAGCAUAGAAACAUCCUCAGUCCAUGAAACCAGUAGUGAAACUUCUGCAUUGCCUGCUAUUCAUAUUGAAACAGCUACCACAUCUUUAGUUGGUGCCGAGUCCUCUGGAGCUCCUGAGGAAAAGGAAAUUCCUGAAGUAACAGCUGAAACUCUGACACACUCGGUCACAAACAUUCCAGGGGAAACCUCUGUCCCAGACAUUGUAAUUAAUACCAGUAUUCCAGACAUUGAAUUAACACAGGAACCCAAGAAUCCUGAAGAAGCUCAGCUUGAAACAGAGUUCUCCACUCCCACGGUGUCAGGACAAGAGACAGAAACAGCUGUUGUUCUAGACCCUCCACAUCUGUCAGCCACCGCUACUGCUAUCCUGCCUCAAGUAUCGCAAGAAGCAGUAGAAGCAUUAAGACCCACUACUGAAGACAUUGAUGCGUGCCACUCAAGCCCCUGUCUGAAUGGAGCUACCUGCGUUGAUGGCAUCGACUCUUUCAAAUGCUUAUGCCUUCCCAGCUACGGAGGGGACCUGUGUGAGAUCGACCUGGAAAACUGUGAGGAAGGGUGGACCAAGUUCCAGGGCCACUGUUACAGGCACUUCGAAGAGAGGGAGACUUGGGUGGAUGCAGAGACCAGAUGCCGAGAACAUCAAGCCCACUUGAGCAGUAUCAUCACCCCAGAAGAACAAGACUUUGUGAACAACCACGCGCAGGAUUACCAGUGGAUUGGUCUCAGUGACAGAACUGUUGAGAAUGACUUCCGCUGGUCUGACGGGCACUCCCUGCAAUUUGAGAACUGGCGGCCCAAUCAGCCCGAUAACUUCUUUGCUGCCGGUGAAGACUGUGUUGUGAUGAUCUGGCAUGAGCAAGGCGAAUGGAACGAUGUCCCGUGCAACUAUCAUCUCCCUUUCACGUGCAAGAAAGGAACAGUUGCCUGUGGGGACCCCCCUGUGGUGGAGAACGCCAGGACCUUUGGCAGGAAGAAGGACCGCUAUGAAAUAAACUCCAUGGUGCGGUACCAGUGUAACCAUGGCUACAUCCAGCGCCACGUGCCCACGAUUCGGUGCCAGCCCAAUGGGCAGUGGGAGGAGCCACGGAUAUCCUGCAUAAACCCCUCCACCUACCAGCGCAGACUAUACAAGAGGAGCCCCAGGACUCGGUCGAGACCCAGCGGCAGAGCCGUGCACAGACCCACCCAUUAGAGCGGGGCCAGAGAGACAGAGGGGAAAAAGAGAGAGAGAGAGAGAGAUUUUACAGAACAGUUAUAUUAACAGAGUUGAUUUCUUCUUCUUGUUGUUGUUGCUUCUUGUCAUAUAAGGAAAAAAAAUUAUAUUAAAGAAAACCCACCUUUGUGUAUAUAUAAUAUAUAUAUAUAUAUACAAAAAAAUUAAUGUUUUUUUUUCCAAGCACCAAAGCAAAGCAAAUUAGAAUUCAGCAUUUUUACUAACCGUCCGGUUCCAAUUAUCUUUGUGCCU